AUGGGAAUCAAGGUCCUGUCUUUCGCACGCAACAGCCGAAUCGCAUUGCAAAAGCUACUGGAAAACAAAUCGGAUCCAGUGAAAGCCCUCCAAUUGGAAUCAGCGUGGGCCGAUAAUGUCAGGAGUACCACCAAACAACUCGACAAGUUUACCUCUGAGAAGGUAUUCGAUUUGUAUUCUCAAUCGCCUUGGGUGACUGGAAGCUACAUGGCGACAAUCGCGGCACGCAACAUGAUGCUCGGCCUCGGAUUGAUCAGUGCGCAUGGAUACGUCUCUGAUCUGCUGCAUUUGUACAACAUGUUGCAGAAGCUCAGGGUUCCAUGUCCUCAGAUACCUUUGUUGGAACAUCUUUGUGAUAUUCUUGGACCGGCCGUCUUCCCACAUAUGCAGGGAAGACCUACAAACGACUUCGACAACAUGGCUCGUAUUGCCAAACGUGACCCUCUGUGCAGCAAGAAUAGAAAGUGGAUGCUUGCUGGCAAAAGGCUAAAAGAGAAAGCAAUGGGGACGGAUGAUGCAGGAAUGAACAUGGUGAAGCUCUCAGACUUUGCAUCCCAGACGCUAGCGCAACAGUGCAUUGUCGAAGAGCGUUUACUAGCCAAAAUACUGGACGAAAGGCUGCUGGCAAAAAAGCACAAUGUGAUGCCCAACAUGAUAGCUCGCUUCACGCCAUCCGAUGUUCUCCUGCGCGCAAAAGACCACUUCAUGCCGGAGUUCGACGGUCCAUGUCCCCUAGCAAAGGUCAACUACUUUGCCGUCAUGGACCUAGUGCUCGACGUCUGGAAGGAAGUUGCGUUCCAACUCGCCAAACCCGACGGGGUGCCAGAGAGCGUGGGAGAAUUCGUGGCGAUAGCCAAAGCGCGUGGAGCCACGGGUCCCAGCUCCAACUUCCAUUCGAACACACUGGAAGCAGCGAUUGGUUUUCUAGGGGUUGUCAGGUACAACAUCGAUCACUUCGAAGGCAAACGUACGGAUGCGUCUCGGUGGAAAUCGUUACAGCAAAACGAUGGCUUGCUCUUACUGCGCGACGCGGUUGUCAAGAUUUGCGGAGAUGUCAAGUUGGAGGAUUUUCUAUGGAUGGAUAUGUAA